AUGGACAACUUCGGUUACCGCGAGAUGGGGUGGCCGUCGCCCCUUCAAACGCCGUCGCAGACGCCUCGAUCGCGUCUCACUAGCAGCUUCAGUUCGCGAACCAGAGAUCCCGAAGAGUUUCCAUUAAGGAGCUCCUACCGACAUGUCCGAAACAUCGACCAUUUGGAAGCCGGUAACGAACCUGGCAAAGCCAAAGAAUACCUAUUUGUUGGACCUUCACCACCAGCUGAAGAUGCCCCAAACAUGUACCACAGUUUCGAUGUAUUGGCGCCUGAUCCAGAAGCCAGGUUGACAGAAGACAUGGUUCGUCGAGCGCUAUGUGAAAAAGCCCUCACAUUAGGCGCAGGGAGAUUUUUCGACGACCUCGAAUGCGGUAUAAUCACGGCUGAUAAUAUUGAGGAGCAUAUAUCGUCGGCGCCAGAAGUUGUUGUUAAUUUAACUCUGCUAUGGGCAGCAUUCUUGGCCCGUGAAGAACUUUUGCCUGCUAUUUAUGAGGCAGGUGCUGAUAUCCACUACUCGGACCCAAUUGGUUUGACAGCGCUUCAUAUAGCAGGUUUUAGUGGCGCUGGAAGGGCUGUGGCCUAUUUAAUAUCUAUAGGUACGGAUGUAGAUUAUGCUCCAAAAUAUUUCGCUCCCUUACACUGCGCAGCGUUUGGAAAUUCGUUAGAAGUGGCAGAGUACUUAAUCGCUACUGGAGCUUCUUUACACGCUGUUGUCCAGCGUGCGGGUUGUGAAGAUAAUCUCGUUCACUGUGCAGUUAGAAAUGAUGCCUUGGAGUGUAUGGAGUAUUUCAUAGAGAAGGGAGUAGAUCCAGCUUAUAUUACUUCGGGAGGACUUAAUGCUUUACACUUAGCGGCCGAGCUUGGCGCACAGAGAUGUCUCGCUUACUUAUUAAAAGCCACGAAACUUAGUGUUAAUGGUGUUACUAAACAGAGGGAUAAAGAGUGCACUGCUCUGCAUUUAGCAGCCUCAAGAGGUUACACAGAGUGUGUAGAGCUACUGCUCUCUGAAGGAGCUAAAGCUAACGCAAAAAAUUAUAGGGGAUUCACUGCCUUGCAUUUAGCAGCUAGGUGUUCUUCGGUCGAGUGUGUUGAAGUGCUGUUACGAGAUGGGAAUGCAGAUCCAAAUGCUGAAGAUUAUGACAAACGGACACCAUUGCAUGCGGCUAUAUCGAAAUCGGAACGUUCUUGCGAUAUAAUAGACAUGCUAGUUAGUUGGGGCGCGCAAGUUAAUAAAAAAGAUGAAUACGGAUAUUCACCCAUCCACUUAGCUGCGAUAGAUGGCCUAACUAGUUGCGUCGAAACACUCAUAUUUUUAGGCGCAGAUGUUACAUCCAAGUCGAAGAAAAGGGCACACAGCGUUAAGUGUCAUAGUUCGAAAAACGCCUAA